AUGGAUUUCAAAUUUGAGUUUAAUGUUGAACAGGACGAUGUUGGAAGUACAGAGAUAGAAGAUGGAAAAAGAGGUAGUAAAGAAUCGAAUGAGGAGUUAAAAGAAUGCAAGAAAUUGAAGGGUACUGUCCAUACUGCUCCAGUCAGAGAAUUUCAUCCGUUGUCAGAAGAUAGUACUGUACUGAAAGAGAGAAAAUGGGUAAACAUGGACGUUGGGGGCGUUACACUGCGACAUGUGGAUGCUGCUGAUGUUGAAUUCAAACUUCAAGAAGAGCAAGAGAAAGAAGGAAGCAAUCUUCUGAAAGCUAUCUCUCAACACACUGACCUGAUACCUCAAGUCUACGAGGGCGGUCUGAAAAUAUGGGAAUGCUCGGUUGAUUUGGUGGACUAUCUACAGGACAUUGAAGUGGAUUUUGCAAGCAAGCGAGUGUUAGAGCUCGGAUGUGGUGCAGGACUCCCAGGACUAUUUGCUAUGCAGCAAGGCGCUGUGGUGUGCUUUCAAGACUACAACGAGGAAGUCAUUCAGGAGAUAACCCUUCCAAAUUUUCAUCUGAACAUCAAUGAGAAAGCGACAGACAAUCAAAAGAAAUGUACAUUCUUAUCUGGCGACUGGAGUUCAGUUGAAAAGAUGCUAUUGUCAAACAUGCCGAAUGACGAAGAUAAAUUUGAUGUGAUACUGACUUCAGAAACGAUAUACAACGUGGAUUCUCUUGAUAAACUUCAUCAAAUUAUUAAAUCAACUUUGAAAAUUGAUGGGGUUGUAUACUUGGCUGCGAAAACACAUUAUUUUGGAGUUGGAGGGGGGACAAGACUUUUUGAAGAGCUGGUUCAGAGAGAAGGGUAUUUCACAAUCACAGUUUGCAAGACAUGUAGUGACGGAGUUCAGAGAGAAAUUCUGAAGAUGCAAAGGAAGAAAUAG